AUGGCUAGGGAUUGCCCUCAGAAUAAGAAUCAGAUGCAAGGGAGGAACACUGGUCGAGUUUAUACUUUGGAUGCAAGGAAGGCUAAGAGCAACAAUGCUUUGAUUGCUGGUACGUAUCUCGUCAAUGAUCAUCCUUGUUUUGUAUUGUUUGAUUAUGGAGAAACACACUCUUUUGUAUCAAUUCAUUAUAUUAAGAGUCUUGAACUGCAAGCAAUUCCUUUGUAUCCUCCUAUGGUGGUUACUACCGCCAUGGAUGAUGUAGUUGAGACACCGUUAGUUUAUGAAAAUUGUUCGCUCUCGGUGAAUGGUAUAAUUUUCCAGAUUGAUCUUAUUUGUUUACCACUUAAGAAGGUUGAUGUGGUUUUAGGUAUGGAUUGGCUUUCCGCCAAUUCAGUGUUUAUUGGAUGUGAAGAGAAGUUGAUUACCAUUCCAUCUAGUGAAGCUAAUCCAAAGGAUGUAUUAACUACUAUCUUGGAAGGUACAGUUGGCAUGGUUAGUUUCUUAUUUGAGAAGGAAAAGUCAGUUCUCUUGGUUCUCACUAAGGAACCUAGCGACAAUCUGAAUGUUACACAAAAUCCUAUCGUUUGUGAGUUUCCAGAAGUUUUCCCUGAGGAUGUCACUUCUCUUCCUCCAGAAAGGGAAGUGGAAUUCUCUAUUGAUCUGAUACCCCAGACGGCUCCAAUCUCCAUUUCUCCGUAUCGUAUGGCACCACUCGAGUUGAGAGAGUUGAAGGAUCAAUUGGAAGAGUUAUUAACCACGCACUUCAUCUGA